AUGCCACUCACAAACCUCCUCUCGGGUCCAAAAGGUUCGUUCGAGCUGUCUGCAGACGCCCUCGCUGCUUUUGAUAAGAUGAGUGCUGUCCUGACUGACGACACCCCCUUGACGCAUUUUUCUCCCGAGUCUCCAUUUCCCUCAUGGUAAGCGCCUCCGAUGUUAUAGUAUGCGCUGUUCUCCAACAGCACCUUGCUGGUAACAUCCAACUCCUAGCUUUCUUCUCCAGGAUGCUAUAACUUGCCGAGACGUGCUAUAGCACAUUUGGACGGGAGCUCCUUGCUGUCUUCCUCGCCAUAAAACACUUCCGGCAUUUCCUUGAGGGCAGGGACUCCCCUGUGUUCACGGAUCACAGGCCUCUUUCCUUCGCUCUCAAGUCCUCUUCCGACAAGCUCAGCCCCUGGGGAAGUUCGUCAAUUGGACUACAUCUCGCAGUUCACCUUAGACAUCCGCCACAUCGACGGGUCACGCAGUGAGGUGGCUGAUGCACUGUCCGGACCCUCCAUCGCACAUCUCCACCUUUCUCGUGGGAUCGACCUAGUUGAGAUGGCAGCCGAACAACGUCGUGUUGUUCUCCCUGUGAUGGGGACGUUUCCGGACUCCAACUCCGGCACCUUCCCCACUCCGGAUGCACGGUUCAGUCAUGUCCACCUGGGUACGUAGGCCCCUGCCUCUGUUCAAUGACUGUUCCUAUUUCCUCACUUGCGUGGAUCGAUUCACUCGCUGUCCGGAAGCUAUCCCCCUGCCCGAUUUCGUUGCUCUGACUGUCGUCAGGGCUUUCCUCAAUCGUUGGGUUGCCAUUUUUUGUGCACUCUCCACUUUUACGACUGACCGCGGUGCCCAGUUUGAAUCUAACCUCUUCCAGUCUCUUUAGAAUGUACUCGCAUCCGCACGGACAGCCCAUCCUCCGGCAGUCAACGUGACAGUCAAACGAUUUCACCGCCAGCUGCAGGCCUUCCUACGCGUCGCAGACUACCCGAAAGACUGGGCGGACCAUCUCCCCUGGUCUUGUUGGGCAUCCGCUCCUCUCUGAAGUCGGACAUUGGUUGCUCCGCCGCUGAAGUGGUGUUCGGUCCAGUGAGAUGA